AGAUUGUUACGGAAGCAAAAAGGAAAAAGUCUCCAUCUUCUGAUUUACAUGAGCCUGUUAGUGGAAGUAAGUUCCUGAAAGGAUAAGAACUUCGAUGGACAGAGAGACAAGACACUUGUUUCAGAUAAGAAAGAUGUUAAAUGUAAAACCAGAGGAUGUUCAUGUUCAGUUACCACUGUCCCAAUUCGGAGGCUCGGAACACUGGGAUCUCCCUCUGCAGGGGUGGAAAAGAAGCCUAAGAAAUAAAGUCAUCUCUUUAGACCAUAAAAAUCAAAAAGGUAUCCAUGGGCAUUCUAUGUCUUCUAAGUCAUCUUCAGAAAGGCAACUCAAAGUUAUGUUGACGAAUGUCCUAUGGACGGAUUUAGGACGAAAAUUCAGGAACACCCUACCUAGAAACGAUCCUAAUUUAUGUGACGCCAACAAAGUGCAAUCAGACUCAUUGCCUUCGACAUCUGUUGACAGCAUAGAGACAUGUCAAAAAUUAGAACUUCUUCACCAAAGCCUUAAAUUAUCUGAAAGGAUACCUAGAGUUAUACUGACGAAUGUCCUGGGAACGGAGUUAGGAAGAAAAUACAUAAAGACCCCGCCUGUGACUGAGGCCAGUGUGAGUGACACAGACAACUUGCAGUCAGAGCAACUUCCCUCAGCGUCCGAUGGCAGCCUGGAACCUGGUCAGAAUCUGAGUCCUCACAAGAGCUGCUUUAUAUCUGAAAGGGAUUCACAACCAAGUAAGACUGUAGAUAACGCUUCUUCAAAGCAGGCUGCACGCACUACAGAAAAGCGAAGAGGUGAUGGUGGCCUUUCUCCUACAAUACCUGAUACUCGGCCUAAAGACCGUAACAGUGGAAGUAGAGGUUGUGAGUAUCUUGAAGAGGGGAGCAGAAACAAGGAUGUUACACAUUCUGACUCAAAAAUGGAACCCACUCUGAUUUCCAGGAAGACAAAGAAAAGGCUUAGAAGUAGUUCGCCUGAUUGUAACAGUUCUGCUUCUUUGGAUGAAUCAACAAGACAAACAAAAGAACAGGAAAAUGAGUCAACUGUUUCCACCGAAUUUGAAAAGUCAAGUAAGAGCUAUCGUCAGGAUCCAGGACGCCUUGAAGAAAUUACUCCUAAACCUAGAGAAAGGGAUUUUACUAAACUGUCCUCAGCUGAUAGUCAGGAGUUGGGUGUGGGUGCCUCCUCCGCAAGUGCCUCUGCCUGCUCAGCCCCUGAACACGUGGGCAGCUCUCUUCCCAGCGGCACAGUGACUUCAUCUCUGGUUGCGAAGGAGGAGGAUUUGAAUACAGGAAAAAAGCCUCUGCUGAGUGGGCACAGUGAAGGGAGUCAGUCACUGAUUUCGGCCGAGCCAAUUGUCGUUUCCAGUGAUGAAGAAGGGCCCAUUGAAACUGAAAGUUCGGGAACCCUUAAAUUGCAGCCUAAGCACGACUACGAGGUUACUAAUGCGCAUGAAAGUACUUCUGAAUUACCGCUGUCAGAACCGCCCCUGGUCACAUGUAAAUCUGGACAGGCAUCGUCUGAAUUAUGUCCCUAUAAUCCUGUUACGGAAAACAUGUCCUGUAUUGUACCUAAUAAUGAGAUGAGUCUGCAUCUGGAUUUUAUAUUUACUUCUGUGUAUAUUGGUAAAAUAAAAGGAACUUCUAAAGGUUCUGUUACAUUCACGACAAAGUAUGUUAGAAUCCCAUUUCAAGUGUCCCUGAAUGAGAUUUCAUUGCUAGUGGACACCACAUAUUUAAAGAGGUUUGGGUUGUGGAAAAGUAAGGACGAUGACCACAGUAAGAGGAGUCACGCUAUUCUUUUCCUCUGGGUGUCUUCAAGUUAUCUUCAAGAGAUUCAGACCCAAUUGGAAAACUCUAUUUUAAGCCAACAAUCAAAAUCCAGUGAGUUCAUUUUCCUUGAGCUGAACAGUCCCAUUUCACAAAGGGAUGAAUUGAGACUGAAAGAUAUUAUGUUGGAAAUAAGUACGGCCAGUGGAGAACUAGAGCUUUCUUACCCAUUGUCUUGGGUUCAAGCAUUCCCUUUGUUUCAGAACCUUUCUUCAAAAGAAAGUUCUUUUAUUCAUUAUUACUGUGCUUCAACUUGUUCUUUUCCUCCUGCUACUGAAGAAAUGAAGAUGAAAUCAGUAUCUCAGCCCUCCAGUGCAGAUGCGGCCAAACCUACUUAUACCUUCCUGCAGAAGCAGAGCAGUGGCUGCUACUCACUGUCCAUCACGUCCAACCCGGACGAGGAGUGGCGGGAAGUCAGGCCUGCGGGGCCUGUGCAGAAGUUGAUUGUUUAUCCCCCACCUCCUACAAAGGGGGGGCUGGGAGUGACUAAUGAAGACCUGGAGUGUUUGGAGGAAGGGGAGUUUCUCAAUGAUGUAAUCAUUGAUUUUUACCUGAAGUAUCUUAUAUUGGAGAAGGCAUCAGAUGAACUUGUUGAACGAAGUCACAUUUUCAGUAGCUUUUUCUAUAAAUGCUUGACAAGAAAGGAAAAUAAUUUAACAGAAGAUAAUCCAGAUCUUUCAAUGGCGCAAAGAAGGCAUAAAAGAGUGAGAACAUGGACUCGUCACAUAAACAUUUUUAAUAAAGAUUACAUCUUUGUACCUGUAAAUGAGUCGUCUCACUGGUAUCUUGCAGUAAUUUGUUUUCCAUGGUUAGAAGAAGCUGUGUAUGAAGAUUUUCCAGAAACUAUAUCCCAGCAGUCUCAACAAGACAUUAAAACAAUAGGUGAUAUUGUUAAAGCGGAAGACCAUGAUCUACAUGCUAUGUCAACACUACCUUCAAAUGCAGAGGAUUCCCAAAAUACCGAGAUGAGUAUGUCAGUUCCAAAGAAAAUGUGUAAAAGGCCUUGUAUUCUCAUACUAGACUCCUUGAAAGCUGCUUCUGUACAAAAUACAGUUCAGAAUUUACGAGAAUAUUUAGAGGUAGAAUGGGAAGUUAAGCGAAAAACUCAUCGUGAAUUCAGCAAAACAAACAUGGUGGACCUGUGCCCUAAAGUUCCGAAACAGGAUAACAGCAGUGAUUGUGGAGUGUAUUUACUGCAAUAUGUGGAAAGCUUCUUCAAGGAUCCUAUUGUUAACUUUGAACUUCCAAUUCACUUGGAGAAAUGGUUUCCUCGUCAUGUAAUAAAGACCAAACGGGAAGACAUUCGAGAGCUCAUUUUGAAACUUCAUUUACAGCAACAGAAGGGCAGCAGUAGCUAGUUAAUCUGCACAAACAUGACACAGAUGUUCUCUAAGAUUACUGGAAAGCCGCUUACCGGCGUUUGUGUUAGCGCACCGAGAAGAAAAUAACUUCCAGUAGUUUUAUAAAUCAUUGAACGUUAUUUAAAACAUAUAAAAUAUGUUAUUAGAAUUGUUGGACUCUCAUAGAUAGAGUGGGAAUGGGGAUGAUAUAGAUAGAGAUUAAAAUUUCAUAAAUAUUUGAUAUUUUUCUGAGUAAAUAUGCUUGGAUUAUGCACUAGCAUACGUAAUGUGGGAACGUGUUUGUAGGUAAUCAACUCUGUGAUCUUCACUUCCACAUGACUGGGUGUUGAUGGGGGCCAAGUCCUCCCUGGUGCCAGCCCCAGUGCUUGUCAGAUUUGUUGACAAGUCUUAUCAAUAUUGUAAUUCUAUUCUUUGCAGCUCAAGCAUGCAGUAUAAAUACUGUGUAUUUUUUUAAAAAGAAAUUUAGUAUCAAGGCUUCAGAAAAUGCCAUUUACGGCAUCCCUUCUGUAUAGUGUAAAAAAGGCAUUCAUAAUCUUAGGAAGAUGAUAAUUCACUUUCAAAGUGCAGCUUAUUCUCUACUGCUAAAUCAAGUUACUUUGCUUUAAUUUCUUUUGUUGUAUGUGGGGAUCUGAGAAUUUAGCUAAUUUGUUCAGGGUAAAAUUUGGAACAAAAAUAUCUGUCUGAAAUAAGUUUUUAAAAAUUAUAUCUGUAGUUCAGUUUAGUUUAUUUGGGGGAUUGCUGUAUAAAUAUUCACUCCUACAGUAUCCCAGAACGUAUGUACACAGUUUCUGUAAGUAUAGAUGUCCUCAUAAUUUUAACACAAAGAAUACUUCCAAAGUUCUAUUUAUUAAUUAUUAGAACCAAAUAUAUAAUUUUGUUACUGUUUACCCAGUAUUCAUCUGCAAAGCUAGAUUGUUCUCAUUUCUUUUAUAUUGUAGUUUUUAGAGCCCUAUGAUACCCCUUACGGUUCUUAAACCUAUGGCGCUUAAUAUUUUAUUAAAUAUUCAGGUAGCAGUUCUACUGAAUUCAUGUGAUCAUGGUGUUAUUAUAUAUGAUUAAAAAAUUUAGAACCUUCUGAUAUCAGGAAUAUUUUGAGGGAGACAUGAUCAUAUUGUAUUUUCUCAGCUAAGAACGUUUUCUAAGAAUAUUACUUUAAUGUGUUUUAAACAUCUCUUAGAUUUAUUGUAACUAUGUAAAGCACUGAAGCAAAAGCAAUUUAAGAUAAAACUAAAUGUCUGAACAUCUGAUUUUAGAAGCUGAACUGAGGCUGUCACGUAAGCCUCGUGCCCUUAGCUUCUGUUAACCAUGUCACCAUCUGUAUGUUACUACGGAUGUCUCUGUGCGGGGGAUCUCACGUGAAGGAGGCGGUAACUGCACUUCAUUCCCGGUUUGUGUGGGCUUUGGGGUGGGGACUUGCGUAGGUGACGGUUAAGUUCUUUUGUACGUGUUACUUGGGGAAGCAGGUAUGUGAAGCAGCUUGUGAUUUCUUAACUUUUCUGUUCGUAUGUUUUUCAAAGAUACCGCUGUCCUUUAUUAUGUUUUGGAAAUUGUUUAAAACUCAUUUUCCUAAAUUCAUGUGAAAAUAAUGCUUUGAGAAUAUCAACAUUUUAUAUUAAACAUAUUUCCAGUUCAUGA